AAGUGGCUCCGGAAAGAUGUCUUCUAACAUCAUGCUGUGAUGAAGGCUCAAAUUCCUGAAGGCAGUAAUUCCACAGGUGGCUGACGAUGUGAAUAUGGCUAUGCAAAGGGAUGAGAAGCUCAGCUGCAAAAACAAUGAGAGUUUUAUCAAAUUUAAGGCAUUUGCUCUUCAUACAGCUCUGUUUCUGGGUCAGCAUAGCAGUAUGUUUAUAAAAGAAUUUGCCCUUUCAAUCUUUGAAAAGAUGCAAGCACAGGAAAUCCUGAGGAGCCUGCGGCUGCCUGAGUUUGACAACUUCAGCCAGUUUUUCCACAGCUUGCCAGCUACCACCUUAGUUGGCAUUGGUGCCUUUGCAGCUGUGAUCGCAUACUGGUUUGCUAGCCGGCCAAAGGCUUUGAAGCCACCAUGUGACCUCUUGAUGCAGUCAGAAGAAGUUGAGGGCUGGGAAGGAGCUCGGCGGUCCGUGAUAGGUGACAGCACAGAAUUGUUAACUCACUACUAUGAUGAUGCAAGGACAAUGUAUGAAGUAUUUAGAAGGGGAUUUAACAUAUCUGAGAAUGGUCCCUGUCUAGGAUUCAGAAAGCCCAAGCAGCCUUACCAAUGGUUGUCGUAUAAAGAGGUCUCUGAAAGAGCAGAAGCUUUAGGAUCUGGGUUACUCCAACAGGGAUGUAAACCAUCAACAAGUCAGUUUAUUGGGGUCUUCGCACAAAACCGUCCAGAGUGGAUCAUUUCUGAGCUGGCUUGUUAUACCUAUUCUAUGGUGGUGGUCCCCCUGUAUGACACAUUAGGUCAUGGAGCCAUUCGUUACAUUAUCAACACAGCUGAUAUUUCCACAGUAAUCUGUGACAAACCAGAAAAGGCCAGAAUCCUCCUGGAUCAUGUGGAGAAAAGAGAAACGCCAGGCUUAAAGUCUGUUAUUCUGAUGGACCCUUUUGAGAAGGACCUACAGGAAAGAGGGAAAAGAUGUGGUGUUCACGUCCAGUCCAUGCAGGAAGUAGAGGCUUGUGGCCGUGAGAGUUGGCAUGUCCCUGUGCCUCCUCAACCAGAAGAUCUGUCGAUUGUCUGUUUUACUAGUGGCACUACAGGGAACCCCAAAGGUGCUAUGCUGACUCACAGGAACGUGGUUGCUGAUUUUUCUGGCUUUCUGAAGGUGACAGAGAAAGUGAUCUUUCCGAGACAGGACGAUGUGCUCAUCUCCUUCCUGCCUCUGGCUCACAUGUUUGAAAGAGUUAUACAGUCUGUCGUAUAUUGCCAUGGUGGGCGAAUUGGAUUCUUUCAAGGAGAUAUCCGUCUCUUAUCGGAUGAUAUGAAAGCACUGCGUCCAACCAUUUUCCCUGUUGUACCACGAUUAUUAAAUAGAAUGUAUGAUAAGAUCUUUAGCCAAGCAGAUACUCCAUUGAAACGUUGGCUUCUGGAAUUUGCUGCAAAGCGUAAAAAGGCUGAAGUUCAAAGUGGAAUCAUUAGAAAUGACAGUUUGUGGGAUAAACUAUUUUUUAAUAAAAUCCAGGCAAGCCUUGGUGGGUGUGUUAGGAUGAUUGUAACGGGAGCUGCCCCUGCUUCUCCAACUGUUCUGGGGUUCCUUCGGGCAGCACUUGGAUGUCAGGUUUAUGAAGGUUACGGUCAAACAGAGUGCACAGCAGGAUGUACCUUUACCACUCCGGGUGACUGGACUUCAGGUCACGUAGGAGCCCCUCUGCCCUGCAAUUUAAUCAAACUGAUGGAUGUGGAAGAGAUGAAUUAUUUUGCUUCGAAAGGAGAAGGAGAGAUAUGUGUGAAAGGACCCAAUGUUUUUAAAGGUUAUCUAAAAGAUGGCGAGAAGACAGCUGAAGCUCUGGAUAAAGAAGGAUGGCUUCAUACUGGAGACAUUGGGAAAUGGUUACCUACUGGGACACUUAAAAUUAUUGAUCGGAAAAAGCAUAUAUUUAAACUUGCUCAGGGAGAAUAUAUUGCGCCUGAAAAGAUUGAGAAUAUCUACAUCCGCAGUGAGCCUAUUGCCCAGAUAUAUGUGCAUGGAGACAGCUUACAGGCCUUCUUGGUGGGAAUUGUUGUACCUGAUUCUGAAGUCAUGCCAGGCUGGGCAAGAAAAAGAGGGUUUGAGGGAACAUAUGCAGAGCUCUGUAAAAAUACGGAACUGACACAAGCAAUAAUGGAAGAUAUGGUGCGGCUAGGGAAGGAAGGUGGACUUCAUUCUUUUGAGCAGGUCAAAGCCAUUUACAUCCACUCUGAUAUGUUCUCAAUACAAAAUGGCUUGCUGACACCAACACUAAAGGCUAGGAGACGAGAGCUAAGAGAUUACUUCAAAAAACAAAUAGAAGAGCUUUAUUCAAGUGUCUCCGUAUGAAGCGGCAGGAAAUUCUUCUGAAUAAUGGACUUUGUAGCAAUAUUAAAGUACGUACUCAAAAGUACAGAGCCAGAAUGACACAGUUGAAAUGAAUAAGCACCUGACCUUGUGUCUGAACCUUUUGUUGUUCCAAGACCUCACCACUGAUAUAACAGUAAUCUUCCUUUUUCAUCAGCUGUAGUACCUUAUCUUUUUACAGUAUGUACGCUGUAGGAGACUACUGAAAACUACACUACAUAUCCAUAGAAAGAUACAUAAAUUCCAGCACAUCUUAAAGUAUAUCAUGGAAGGUUACAUUAUUAUUAAUGUCCCCAAAUACUAUUGAUUACACAUCAGGAAAAAGGUAUGUGAUAUAUCUGUUGAUAUGAUUGUAUAUAACAUUAUAGAUUAGUGACUGAAAUCCUGGAUAAUUCAAUAAUGUGGUCUACCUCAAACAUUCAAAGACUGAUAAUUAAAAUCACAACUAAGUCUGUUUUCCCUAACCUAGAACUUCAAGCUAGAUCUUUGGUCGUUUUGUUUUGGUUUUUUAAGUGACAGCUUUUAUACUCUGCAAGACAAAUUCCAUUGACUUUAUGUAAUCAUCAAUGAUCUGACUAACAGAGAACGAGGAAAUAAAUCUCCUGAUUUCAUUUGUAUGUAAUAUACCCAUCAGCAUAUUAGGCCUAAUGGAAAAACCCAGAUUAAUACCACUUCGUAAUUGCAAAAAUAUUUUAGGAAGUUAUAGAAUUCCCUGUAUUUCUUUUUUCAGUGCAUCUGAACUCAGUUUAUAGAAUGGCAGAUAGAUCUUCCUUGAGAUGCUGAUUCAGCACAAUAUGCCCAUGGGUUCAUACAUGCACAAGCUGGGAAGGCUGUGGAAGGAUUGGUGGCUCUUUGGCAGACUGAUCUAUUCAUAAGGGUCAACUUUCUGUGGGAGCUACAAAAUAAAAAGCUUCACAAGAGGAGGAUAACUAGUGUAAAUGAACCCUCACCAUCCUAUACACUCCUGAUUCUUAAUUUAUUGCUUCACAUGCUGCUAGUGCUGUGCAGUCCCAUCAGAUUAACUCCCUGGCACAGCUGCAGGUAGAGGAAUGGAGCUCUGCCCCAAUGUAUGAACUAUAAUGGUGAACAAUGUUCAGUAAAACAAAUUUACUUGCUAGAAAUGGUGACAUCAUAUUCCCAUUGCUGUAGCGCAACAGUGAAGGGCCUCUCUUGUGUUGCCGAAGAUGUUACUCCUGAGUGCCCAUGUUGCUGAGGGGGAAGCUUCCUUGAUGAUUUGCCUUCCCACCACCAUUGUGAGAUGGCAUGGUGUGAGGUACGGUUACCACCUGGCAGGUAUUUGACCAGCCUGGCUGGGUUUUUUAUGGAUUUACCAGAAAAAUAAUUUAGUCUGCCAGGUUAUCUUUUUUAAGGAUUUGCCUAAGGAUUUGCAUUAUGAUCAUAAUACACUUGGAUAUCUAAUGUCAAAAGUCUCUGUGCAGCUAAAGAUGCUGCAGUGUUCCCACUUCUGCAGUUUAAGCGAUAACUGCUUAAACGUGUUUGAAAAUACAGUAGCAACAUGCGUGUGUGUGAGAGAGGGUUUGAGUCAUGCGAGAGUGAUACCAUCACGUGUUAUCUCUUGGGUGACCAUAUUUCCCAAGGGGAAAAUGGGAUACCCCCAGCUGCUCGCCCGAACUGCCACCCCCCCGGUACAAGGCCGUUCAGUCACUGGAACCCUGCCACUUCCCCCUCCCCUCCCCAUGCAAGGCUGUUGCUGGUCACCUGAACCCUGCCCACCUCCACAAGGUUGUUGGCCGGUCGCUGGAACCCUGCCGGAUCUCUGCAUGCUGGAAAGUUUCCUUCCCCCGCCCCAGCCCUACCUCCCUCUUGCACAGGGCUGGCAUCUCUACUCGCUUCCCUUUCCUCCACAUCGCAUCCUGCUCUUUUGCAAAAGUGGGCAUUUGUCCUGAUUGCUCUUGCCAACUGAUCAAGUUACCUUGUGGUUGGGGGUUGGAGUUGCAGCAGGCUUGGGGCGGGGUGGUGGGCGGAGAGGGAAGGUACUGCGUUUUUUUGCGUUUCAAAAGUGGUAACCCUAGUGGGAGGGGGCACAGGUUUCUUUCUGAUGGGUCUUUAAAAUUGAGCUUACAGCUAGGGAAAGACUGAUCUUUGUGCUACAACCACUUAAAUUUUUUUCCUUGACUGAAUCAAGAUCUAUCAAAGAAGAACCCUUCCCUGUAUUUUGGACAUUUGCAAAGCUCUAAUACAAGUCCAUGACCCCAAUUACCAUAUAAAGCAGUUAGUCUGGAUAAAGCCUUAGCCUUCACUGUGGCAAAGGGGAAGCCACUAGAAAGGCAGUAUCUCCCCAGUGGAAUAGGAGCAGACUCUGGAACUACAUGCUCAAACAGCAUGGUGUUAAAAGCUGCAGGCCUAAACAAUUCAAGGAACUUGAGGACACUCCAUGAGUCAACAGCCUUGGUGGUUUCUUUCAGCUGAACUUAUUUUUUUAAUAGCUGCUAUUAGUUAUACCAAUCCACACACUAGCAUGAGGCUGCUAGAUGACCUGGUUUGCUAGGGCUGUGACUACAAACUUAUUUUUCUGUAUGAGACUGGAGUCCAUCAAUAGUUUUCAUACUAAAAAGCCUAUUAAUUAAACUAUUAAUCUAUAUCUUCCCUCUGAAAUUCCAUUGCAUGCUUUAAAAGAAAUGAAAUGAAUUGAACUAAUGAGGUAGGUUUAUUCAGUCUGUUUUAUUAAAGUCAUUUCAGAACAAACAGCUAAAAAUACACAGGAGACUGCGUCUGUUACAUAAUCUCGCUUGUACAGCACGUGUUUAUUUGAUUUAUCAAAUGUGCAUUCUAUGGGCCUGAUUCUUCAUUGCCCUGCAUCUUGUGUAGUCAUUUCCAUCAGUAGAAAAUUGGUGUAAAACACUACCAUUGCGAUCUGGUAGUGUUUUACACUCAUGUUACACUGAUAUAAAUGACUAUCCACAGUGCAAAGCAUCAGAGCAUCAGGUGCAAUACCUUUUUUCUCCUUUAAGCAAAUAUGAGCUAUUUUAGGAACCAGUGACUAGUUCCUUAAAUAAACAGAUGUGUAAAAGAAGCUAUUUUCCACUAACCUUUCUCUACAGCAUGAAUUGAAUUUACUUGCCUUUUCCUCUAAAAUGAUUCAGUCCAUCUGACCUGUCCAGACAACUGAGGAUCCUAAUUUGAAUUUAUUUAUGCUUGUUAAUUUUAAUACUAGAGGGGGUGGGAGUAGGAGUUGGAAGAAAAAAAUAUGUACAUGACCACACCAAGGUGAUGUCAAAUUUGGAAAGAAUUGGCUCAAAUGAAUAUUUUUCUACAGCCACAUCCCAAAAGUGUGUCAAUUUUUAAAUCUUGGGGAAAACCCUGGGUACAUGAACUAAAGCCACCCUCACCCCCCCGGUAAUUUUAUCUUGCGUAAUUAGAACUUCCUCUGCAGAUCACCCUCAGCCUCAAUAACCUCGGAAACAUUAGAAAGGAUUAAAACCUCAAAUGAAUAUGUGCCUAAAUAUGUUCUUUAACGUGAUAAGCACUAACAUGCUUUCCUUAAAUAUCUGGCACACCUGUCUUCCUUUUGCAUGUUUUGUUUUUCCCUUAAGUGAAAAUAUUUAUUUUCACUGCAAGGAAAAUCCCAGUGUUCAUUAGGUUUGAGUUCCCUGUGACCUCUUUAUAGUAUCUCAGGGUAAUAAUUUACGCAGUGUGUUGUGUAUCUUUAUCUUAUUUGAGAAUUCCCCUUAAAAACUCAAGUGCCAUCAAAUAAAUGAUAGUAUGUACUGCUCUUCUCCAGAAACAUUUCUCCUCUGGAUGGCUUAAAAAUAAGUAUUUUCAUCUUAUCACUUGAAGGUAUAGGGGCUGAUUCUUAUACAAACCAGCGAGAAGAAAAAGUAGUUAACUCCACUGAAGUCAAUGGAGUUACACUGGUGUGAAAUCAGGGUCAGAUGAGAAUAGGGCCCCUGUGGUGCGCCGAUUGUCUGGUCCCCCAAAGAUGGCAUCUCUUUGAGCAGACUAGUAUGUUGAGGUCGUUCUACAAUUCAUUUUCCUUCAUAAUAUGAUGUGCUCUUCCCCUUUAUAUAGUCAAAAAAAAGUUUCCUUGGGCCUGAUACUAUGUCCACUGAAAAGAUUGCCUCCUUUGCUCAUAUGAGAAAACCAGAUUCAAACAUACCUUCAAGCCCAAUCCCCUUGAGAGAAUGAUGCAUAGUUAUAUAUAGUUAUAUAUGAUGAUCUUCACUCAGUAUAUUUCAUAGCCAACAUACCUCCCCUGCCCCAGAAACCAUCAAAGAAGAUACACGAUAGAACUCGCACAGCAUUGAGUCCUAACCUUACAGAACUGGCAAUAUGUGUAAUUAAGUAAUGCGGUACUGAAAGGCAAAUGUUCAGGGUAAAAUAUUUGAUUCUAUAGUGUACAUUAUAGAGAAAAAGUGGUAAUCCCUUUGCUGCUCAAGUAGGCUUUUACAGUACAUUAUGCAAUUGCUACUAUCUCAGCAAUAGUAAGGUCCAGUGUCAUUACUGCCUUGGGUAUGAUUUUGCUGCAUAUAACAAAGAAAUUUGUCUUUAAUAAUUCUUCUAGAAUGAAUCAAAUUGAGUUCAUUUCUUUUCCAUGUGUGAAAAGCACAAUCUUGUGAUCUAUAUGUAAAUAAACUACUAUAAGAUGAAUGUAAACUCAGAAAGAAUAUACUAUUUUUGCAUGACAACAGGCCACUUAAAGAUGUGUUGAUGUCUCACAGAAAACUUUAAAAAAACAUUUUGAGGGGCAACUCUAUCAAAAUUCUGCAUUUCUCUUGUUCUCUUGUUCUGUUAUUAUAAGGGAACAGAUAUAUGAAAACAGGAUCUUUGUUGCUUUUUGGAGUUCUGUUCCUCUUUUCCUAGGGUUCCAUUCUUGCAAGAAGUAGAGUAUCUACUGUCAGUUGCUAAGAUGACUUUGCUCCUGUCUGGAAAUUGAGGGCACUCACCACUCAUUUUGGAGAAGGUACUAAAGAACUAAAGCUCUAUCAGGCCCAUGCUCCUUAAAUUAAAAAAUUAUUACUGGCAUAAAUGGGCACAACUCCACUGACUCCAGUGAAAUUGUGCAUUACACCAGCAGUAAUUUGAGCCAAGGGAAUGUCUGUGAAUCUCAAUUAGUUGCUAUAAUUAUGAUGUCACACAGAUCGUUGUAUCUUAAAAUGAGGAAUUAACAAGAAGAGAUUAAUUUUUAAGGAAUAAAAUCCCAGAUGAAAUUCUGGCCUCACUGAAAUCAAUGGGAGUUUUAACACUGACUUCAGUGAAGCCAGGAUUUCAUUCCUGUCUUUAAGCAAAAGCCUUUAACAUUCAACAGUCAGGGGAGAACACCAGAAAAUUGUACCUAAGUGGAACUGUUCCCAAACAGAAUGUUUUCCAUGAGACAUCAGAGCCUCUUUAACCCCUUCACUUUAGUAUACUAUUUUGUUAUGUGUUUAAAAAACAUAACUGCAACAAACACACAAAUCAGACUUUUUCUUACAUGUUGCUUAUUCAAUUUUCAACUGAAGUGAAGGGAUUAAAAUCUAUGACUUAUAAAUAUGUGUAAAAAGGCAUCUUAACUGUAAUGAAAGAUUUUUCAGUUUUGGUAUAAUAGCAUGUAUAUCAAAAAUAUAAAAGGCAUCUAUGUAAACUUUUGUAAAGAACUAAACUGUCACAUUUCUCAAAAUUGCUCAUAAAACAUUCUUGUGCAUUGACUUACAAUAAAAUCUUUUAUAAAAUCUUAUUCCAACACUCUGUCCACAUGAUCAGAAACUAGUCAUUCAGAAUGUGUGCCUAUACUAAACAUACAGAAGGAAAGAAAAAACAGUGAGCAAGGGAAUAUUGGAACCCGAGAUAAAUAUUAGCAAUCUUCAAUGAACUGGAUGUUUCAAAUUUCUCCAAGAGAUGGCCAUACAACAGCCUUUCUGUAAUGGUUUCAGCUCACUGUUGUUUUAAAACAAACAAUAAAAUAACCAAAUGUGUAAGCUUGUUUAAUAGAAUUAACUAUUGGGAAUGCAUAGUAUUUUUUCAGAACUUGUGCUUAAAACAAUAAAUUUUAAAAUUAUUC